GGUUACAUUUACAGCGUGGAAUAGUGCGCUUGCAUUGGCGGAUGGGGAAGAAAAACGGGCGCGGACGGAGCCCCCUGUGAGGCGUCGCGCAAACGCUGCUUGCUCAGCUUACGGCUUGCAGACUCUGCAGAGAGACGCUGCUGAGACCGCCUGGGAAAGGAACCGCUCUUAGGACCCGGGAAGAUCCUCCCGGAUGACUCCUUCGAAUCAAUGAGAGCCCUGGGAGGAGCCGGCGCUUGAGGCUCCCCAUAAACCGGCCAAUAUCCUGGGCAGAUGUUUUACAACUUCUUGCAUUCUUCAGAGUUUGCUCAGGACGGGCUUUCCUGCCUGGCUGCGCUCUCCACAUUUUGGGUUUCCCCCGGGUUGGCUGGACAGUGGAGGGUGGAGGGCGCGGAAGAGGAGGACUUUAGCAAAGAUCUGCGUGGAUUUUCGAGGCGGGGCAGUUUCAAGAUUAUUAUUAUUAUUCAUCUCAAGGGGGGCUAAUGAUGCGAUUCUGCCCUCGCCAGGGAUCUCCGCCAGGGCAAAGCGCGGAGAGGCCAGGGCAGCCCCCGCUCCGCAGGCCAGGAGGGGGCGCAGCGGCGAUGGGGGGCUGAACUCCCGCGCCACCUUCGGCAGGAGUAGCACGUGGAAAGAUCCUGUCUCUCCAAAGGGGCUCCGGGACGCUCAGCCCGCAAACGGGGGCGGGGGCGGGGAAAGAGAGAAUAAAUAACGGCAAAGCCCCAACUUUUGGGAUUUCAAACCCUGAACUCUUUGAGGGCGUCGCUCUCUCGUACCUUGGCUGGUAUUAACAAUUGAUACGAUCGCUCAGGAGGAUCCCUUUUGUGGCUUCCCCUAGAUCGGCUGGGAAAUUGUGAAUCAAAUCAUAAAAGUUGCUUCACGAGACAAAAUAGUUUUUUUGGGGGGGGCGGAAAGAGGAGAUCUCCUGCUGCCGAAGAUGCCGGGGCUGCACUAGAAAGCGCUUCUUCCCGCUUUUAAAUGCCUGCCGGCUCGGUCCAGCAUGGCUGUGUAUGCCCUCACCGGCUUCUCCCUCGUCAGCCUGCUGAGUUUCGGCUACCUCUCCUGGGACUGGAUGAAGCCCGGCUUGGUGGGCGAAGCGCCCGGGGACCCGAUGGGGAAGCCUCUCCCGGCGGCGGCUGCUGCUGCUGCUUCUGCCGCUCUGGCCAGGCCGCCCCACCUCAUCUUCAUCCUGACGGACGACCAAGGUUUCCAUGACGUGGGCUACCACGGCUCCGAUAUCCAGACCCCGACGCUGGACAGGCUGGCGGCCGAAGGGGUGAAGCUGGAGAACUAUUACAUCCAACCCAUCUGCACCCCUUCCAGGAGCCAGCUCAUCACGGGCAGGUAAGGGCUCUGGGGUGGAGGGGGAGGACAAGCAACCAGACCCCCCGCAAAAAAACACACACACAGCUUCUUAUCAGGAUGGUGUGGUGUGUACUCCCCCUCCGUCCAAUAAUUUCACAUGCAACACCUGGCAAGUGUUAGGACAUGGAAUUCAAAAGGUAAGGUGAAGAUGCCCAGGGUUAGAAUCAUAGAAUUGUAGAGUUGGAAGGGACCCCAGAAUCAUCGAGUCCAGCCCCCUGCAAUGCAGGAAUAUGCAACUGUCCCAUACGGGGAUCGAACCUGCAACCUUGGCAUUAUCAGCACUCCAUAAAAUAACAACUGGUAUUAUACCGGGGGCAAGAUCUGCGUGCUACUUGCUGGCGGUAACUCGACAGCGUUCUGUAAAAUAAGAGAGAGGGACUUUAAAAGCCAAAUGAGCAACUCGAUUUAAAAUAACAAAAAACAGAUUUCAGGCAAUUAAAGUUUUGCUUUUGUUUCCUGGAUGCUAAAGAUACUAGGACUUUUUUUGGGAGGGGAGUGGGGGCACAAACAAUAACCCUAACUGGGUAAAAUAUAUCACUUUAUCAAAAUAGUGAAAUGCAGCGUGGUUGGUGUGUAGACAGUGUGACGAUCACUGGGAGGGGAUACUCAUUCCAGCCGUUCAGUGAAGGCGCAAUUUCAUUGGAUGCCUUUAAACAAGUCAUCACAGCUCAUUCGCAGUAUGGGGAUCGCGCUGACCUAAGAAUUACAGUUAGGAUGAAUGAUACAUGUAGUUUGAAAAGCUUUUCUUUCAUUAGGAGUACCAUAGAAGGAUGUGGUAUGUAACAGGAGAAAGCACCAACCCUACCUUAGACAGAGUAAGGCAACUGCUUCAGAGACAGCUGUUUUGGGUUAUCACAGAGGGGCAGCAGCAAAUUGUUAUUUAUUUCUUUGUUUUAUAAUUGUUGUAUUAUUUACUGCCAGGGAGGGAUAGAGGCAUUUGCAGGAUUCUCUGCCUGUACAGUGGUACCUCGGGUUAAGUACUUAAUUCGUUCCGGAGGUCCGUACUUAACCUGAAACUGUUCUUAACCUGAAGCACCACUUUAGCUAAUGGGGCCUCCUGCUGCCGCCGCACCGCUGGAGCAAGAUUUCUGUUCUCAUUCUGAAGCAAAGUUCUUAACCUGAAGCAAUAUUUCUGGGUUAGCGGAGUCUGUAACCUGAAGCGUAUGUAACCUGAAGCGUAUGUAACCUGAAGAGUAUGUAACCCGAGGUACCACUGUAGUGUCAAAAUAACUGGACCAGCCUUGCAUCUUAUGCUCCUUGACGUGUGUGUGUGUGUGUGUGUGUGUGUGUAGUGGAGUCUUAGACAACAAAAUAUCUUUAGUCAGCCCUUCCAAACAGUAGCUCUUUGGGUGGAGAAAUCAGUGGCGUUUGAAUACCAUGCCCCACCUCUCUCUUUUAAUUAUGUCCUGGACAAUUUCCCUUAGCAGUAAGAGUGAUUUAUUUCCCCCCUUUCAUUUUUAUGAAGUACUUUGAGGCAUGAUCUGGCUCCUGUUAUAAGAGAAGAUACUGGGCUGAAAAGUACUGUAGAUGUCAAGUGAAAAAAAGAUCGCUUGCCUGCCAAGACACAAGAAGGAGAAAGCUGUGUAGAACCGUAAAGAAAACUAAUUUUUUAAAAAAGUUUCUAUUAGGAAUGUGCCCCUGGGGCCUUAGGUUGCAAUCCUGAGCUUCUCUACGUGGAUAUACAGUCCACUGAAAUCCACAGAUAAAUGCAGGGACUGUUGUAAAUUUUGGUUCAUGAGAGGGGGAAUGCAGGCUCUUUUCUGUACUGUGUCUGCAACAUGAGGAUAGAAUUAGUGUUCAAUUAAUGGGCAUAAUAAUUUACUGACUGGUUGACUUCAGUGCCGUUAGUAAGAGCCUCACAGUCUGCAUUAUAGGUUUAGACGUCCAUGGGUGGCACAGAAAGGGAAGGGUGGAUCCUGACAUCAAAACCCCAACAAUAUUGAUGGGUGUGUGAAUGACAUUUUUCCCUCAGCAUUCUCCUAUUCAGUGGCACCUAUUUUGUAGGGAAGAAGAAAUCUAGCAUUAUGACAAAGUAUAUUGUACAAACUGAGAUUGUUUGCUGAACAAAAAACUCCCUUGGCCAACUGGAACAGAGCAUCUAGAUAGAGAAGAUUAUCAUCAUCAUCAUUUGUUAGUUGCUUUGUUCAUGAAAAUGAUUCAAAGUGACUUAAAAACACAAUAGAAAAAAAAUCCAACGUCAAUAAACACAGUCAAUAAAAAACUAAAAUCAAAAUGUAAUAUAGCAACUCAAAUAAAAGACAAGCGUAGCAGAUCCUGCUCCAUGGGUAUAGCCAAGAGGGGGGCAAGGGGGGCAGCUGCCCCCUCUAAAUCAAGUAAAUCAAUAAAAAAGACUUAACUAGCUGAGGUUCUGCCCCCACCCCAACAUAAAUCCUGGCUAUACCCAUUUCCUGCACCAGAAGAGACCAUCUGAGGAUUCUCCCAAACGCUCUUUACUCUACACUCCCUUGUAUUGCCAGUGUCUCAAACCACCAAAAUAAGUAUUCUGAAUAAAAAUUAUGUUCUAACAGUAAUCAUUCCUCAAAUGAUUAUGAAAUGAUCUGCAGUGUGAAAAUCAGGAAGCAAAGAAACCUCCCUGAUCCCAUGUAACCAAGCCCUUUUCAGUCACGUAACAAAGACAGAAGGGACUGGUGUGACCUCUCCAGGCUAUGCAGCCCAAACCAAUGUAAGGGUAAGAAAGAGAGGCCAGAGUCAGCUGUGGUCACUCCUUCAAAAGGAGACUACAUUUUGGACUGAGUAACAGGGUGAAUAGAACAGACUCGCUGUGAGUCACAAUGAUUUCAUCCUGGGAAGACUUAACUCUACUUCCAAGGGAUUGGACAGUCAGCAAUGCCAGUUAAAAAGGGGAAUCCUCUUUGUACCUGCCUGGAAUAAAUACAGGAAGAAUACUUGGGAGCAGUUGGGUGAAUAAUUAGCGUGUUGGCUGCAGUUUGAAUUGCCUGCAUGCCCAGGACAAGUGUGGAGGGCGUGUGAGGUCUCUCCCCCCUCUCCCCCAUGCAAUCUGACUGCACAUUAACCUGGGAUCAAGUCCCAUUGCAUUCAGUGGGAAUUACUUUGAAGUGCAUAGGAUUGCAUUGCACAAUAGUUUCUCCCUUCUGGCUGAGCCUAUCUAUCAAGGCUACCAGUGAUAGUGGUGGGUGUGGCCAGAUGAUCAAUAGCUGUGGCUCUUAUCUUUGCACAAGAGACUACAAUCUGGCCAAGCACAAGCCAGAGGCUUUCUCACCUCAUCCCACAUCUCUUCAUUCAAGCAAUCACAGUUCAAGGACAUGUUCCAGCCAGGCAAAAACAAUCAAGGAGGGUGCAGAGUGUUAGUGACUGGGGAGGCCAUGCAAGUGAGGUUCAGUUGCUGUAAACACAGUGGGUCACUGGCACUUACCCAAAGGGGAGAGAUGAGGUGUGGGAAGCUUGGCACGGCGCGGCGCAUGGUGGCAGAUCUAAGCCGACUCCUGCUGCCAUGUACCGUUUCCCAGUUCACAGUGUGUUACACCCCACCCCCACCAGCAACCUGUAGUGUUGGGAAAAGGGGAGAGCAUUAAAGCCCCACCCACACUGUCUCACUAGACACUACUGGGGCAGAGCAGGGCCUGGGAAAGGUUUGGCCUGGAGGGAACAAUGAGGCCUAGAAAGAUUCCUGAGGGCUCAAUAGAGAGGCCUGCAGGAAUGUAUUUGGCACCUAGGACAGAGGUCCUCAACGCCUGGUCAAAAAGCUUGGUAUUGUAGCAAAAACAGGCAAAGGGUACUGUGUCACCUUAACUACUGAAUGAUGCAUAAUGGACUGGAGACUAUGCUUAUGCUUCUGAUGAGAUGGAUUCCAGUCUAUGAAAGUUCAUGGUAUAAUAAAUCUAUUGGCUCAAAUCUGCAUUUCUAGUCCUGGACAGCAUGGUGAAAAGCAUGGUGUGAUAACAAUGUGAUUAAGGCUACAAUAUCAUCAUCAUCAUUCAAUGUAGCACCAAGCAAAUCGCUUUGCCAGUGCAAGCAUUUCUGCCUUCUCCCUCACCUGUGUGCUCUUCUGGGGCUCUCCCACCCCCAACCCUGAGCUAAGGGAAGCUUGGCCCCAUGGCACCAGCAAAAGUCCUUAUGCGAGCUUCCACUGGCGGGACUACUUAGUUGAAUCUGCCCCCAAUAUAUAUAUAUUAGGUGUGCCUCCAAUUUGAGAAUCCUGAAUAUGCAGAAUAAACAUUCUCAAGUGCACCUAUUGCCCUACAAGGGCAGAUUUUUCCCUUGGGUUCUCUGCAAAUGCAGAAUGAGUGAGGGACUGAACUGUAGCCUUUAACAAUUUCCCUUUCUGAUGCCCUUUCCUCUCGUCCUAGGUACCAAAUCCACACUGGCCUUCAGCACUCCAUCAUCCGUCCCCGGCAACCCAACUGCUUGCCCUUGAACCAGGUCACUCUUCCCCAGAAGCUGCAGGAAGCUGGCUAUUCCACGCACAUGGUGGGCAAGUGGCACUUGGGCUUCUACAGGAAAGAGUGCCUGCCCACUCGCCGGGGCUUUGACACUUUCCUUGGCUCGCUGACCGGGAAUGUGGAUUACUACACCUAUGACAACUGUGACGGGCCGGGCGUUUGCGGCUACGACCUUCACGAUGGCGAGAACGUGGCCUGGGAACAAAGUGGAAAAUAUUCCACUUUCCUCUAUGCCCAGCGAGUCAACAAAAUCCUGGCCGCCCAUAACCCCAAGGAGCCCAUCUUUAUCUACGUAGCCUUCCAAGCUGUGCACACACCGCUGCAGUCCCCGAAGGAGUACAUCUACCGCUACCGCUCCAUGGGCAACGUUGCGCGGCGUAAAUACGCUGCCAUGGUCACGUGCAUGGACGAAGCGGUGAAGAACAUCACCUGGGCACUCAAGAAGUACGGCUACUAUGAAAACAGUGUGGUCGUGUUCUCCACUGACAACGGCGGGCAGACCUUCUCCGGGGGAAGCAACUGGCCUCUGCGAGGCCGCAAAGGGACUUACUGGGAAGGAGGAGUUCGUGGAAUUGGCUUCGUGCACAGCCCGCUGAUUAAACGCAAGCGGAGAACCAGCAGGGCCCUGAUUCACAUCACGGACUGGUACCCAACUUUGGUGACCUUGGCCGGGGGCAACUUGUCCGAGGCAGACAAUUUGGACGGCUAUAACGUGUGGCCAGCGAUCAGCGAGGGCAAAGAGUCUCCCCGCACGGAAAUCCUGCAUAACAUUGACCCUCUUUAUAACCAUGCUAAAUAUGGCUCUUUGGAGAGAGGCUUUGGCAUAUGGAAUACGGCAGUGCAGGCCUCGGUGCGGGUAGGAGACUGGAAGCUUCUUACUGGAGACCCCGGUUACAGUGACUGGAUCCCGCCACAGACUCUGACCAACUUCCCAGGGAGCUGGUGGAACCUGGAGCGCCUGACGGACGGCCUACGCAAAUCUGUCUGGCUCUUCAACAUCUCCGCUGACCCAUACGAGCGCUACGAUCUGUCGGACCAGCGGCCUGACGUGGUGAGGGCUCUCCUCAUUAGACUCGUCCGCUACAACCAGACAGCCAUUCCUGUCAGAUACCCGGCAGAAAACCCUCGUGCCCACCCAGACUUCAACGGUGGCGCCUGGGGUCCUUGGGCGACGGAAGAGGAGGACGUGUGGGAGGGAGGACAUGGAAAACUGAAAAAUAAAAACCGAAAGAAGAAGUGCAAGAUCUGCAAGCUGCGCUCCUUCUUCCGGAAGCUGAACACCAGGCUGAUGUCCAACCGCAUCUGAGGGAGUAGGGCUGGUGCCAGACGCAGCCUCAAGGGGGUGCAGUUCCAAAUAGAAUCCAUGGGGCAGUUUAAUCCUCCCCCAUACCUAGUGCGUGAAAUUGGUUGGGAUGCUAGUCCACUUCUUUUCCAGUGGCAGUAGGGCCCCUCCAGGUGGCCUUUUUAUUGAACCUUCAUGAUGGUUUGUACUCAUGGUGGUAUCUAGGGAGUUAUAUGCAAUCCUGCUUUCAAUACGGUUUGCACCUACAACAGUUUCGGGGCGGGCAGACUGCUUUGUUUCCAAUUAGCGCACAUCCCGUAACUCCCUGCUGAAAUCCUGCAACUUUUUAUCCACAAAUCUUCUGUUUUCUUUGUUUGUGUGGGUCUUGGUUUUCUUGCGCUAUAGUGCAAGAGUAUCCCUCUAGGUGGCAAUAAUGCGCUAACAUUGGGGAAGCACUAAUAAAGCGGAAUGUUGCAAGAACAGUCCAGUAUAAACCCACCACUGAUGUACUAUUAUUGCAUCAAUGACAUGUUACAGAAAGAAAUCCCGGUCUGGAAGGGCCUUUAAUAAAGUUUGACCUAACCCACCUCACCUCCUUUUUUCUUCCACUUUAGAUACUGUCCACAGCAAUGAAUAUUUUUACUGGGAAACCCUCCAGGACUUGUAAUCUCUAAUCUUUGGGAGCCUGCUUAGCCUCAGCAGGUUCUGGAGACUGUCCCUUCCCUUCCCUUCCUUUCCUUAUUUCAGAAUGUUCCGAACCCAUAGUUGUCAAGUGUCAUCAUGAUUAAUGAACGUGUGUGUAUCAUAGUUAGAUACAGUACUGCUAUCCAGCAGUAGUCACGCUGAGCAAGGUCUUAUCCACUACCCAAGGACCAAACCAAUUGUACUCAAAAUCACUGAAAGGUGUUUGAAAAUGUCUGCAGCUGCUCUGUGGAUGCAUCAUGAAAUAUCAUAAAUAAUUUUAACUUAUGUAACGCUUUUGCUCUGGGAAGGCGCCUGCAGGUUCUCCCCUCCCUCAAGGCUGCAGCCCCCGCCCCCAAUCACUUCAGUGCAUGUGGGCGGUGAUACAGAAGACCUAGGAUAGUUAUUUUUAUCAGGGAGAGAGAGAGAGAGAGAAAGCAGAGCUCUAACCUUGUGAACAUUUUACCCGAAAUAUACAUAAUGCCUAACAUCUCGUAGGCAGGGACAUCAGUAAAGGGUGUGUGAGCACUGCAGGCAUACAGUGCGCGGAAAAAAUGUAAAAUGACUGAGCAAUAUUUACAUACUGAUCCAACUACCUCAUCUUUUAUGGAGAGAGAGAUGUUUCCACGUCUAUUUAUUUAGCCAACAAGUACAAGAGAUUGAGAGGAAGCCACAGCUCUCAUGGAGCUCCUUUAACUGCCCGGGUUUUCUUUCUCUUGGGCACGCCACAGGAUUUUCUUCCUCUUCCCGCAUCCUUCAGUUCAAGGGCUUAAGAGCGUUGGCAAAAACUGCUUACAUAAACCACUCGUGUUAAAAAACUUAACAUGAGCAAGAUGUAUAAAUAUAAUUAGUUCAAAAAUCAUUAAACAAAGCCUGCUGCUGCUGCUAAACUUUGGGAGCAGUUGCUUGAAGACAGUGCUUUUUUCCUUUAGUAAAAAUAAAAUAAAAUGAGGUGCCGUUAUAUUGAUAAAAGUGCUUGGGGUGUCUGCACAAAUUGGGUGCCGUGGGCAGCAAAAAAGAAAACCAAAAAGGGAUGGUACUCUGUACCAUCUCUGUCACAAAAAUGCCCAGCUUAAAAUACACCUUGCAGUGCACAAUGAACUUGCAGUAACUGCUACAAAUGUAGUGAUGCCUACUAGUAUAGCCUGCUUUAAAAAUAUGGACUUGUUAGCACGUUAGCUGUGAUAGCAAAAUAAACUCCCCUAUAUUUGAAAGCAGACAAGCAGACAUUGAAGGCAAAUAGGAAAUGACCAUCAUGUAUUACUUGCAAGUAGGGUUGGAAUGAUCUGUCCAUUUCUUUCCAAUCUUAAAUUCAGUUCAUACAAUUUGCAGGGUUGUUGUUUUUCUAAAAUCCUCAUGAAAAUUCUUCAGCAUUUUAAUGCAAAUUUCUUUUAAUAAAUACACUUUUGUUUUAAGUUUUGAUUUAUGUACAUAUUUUUGCAAGCAAUUUCUUCUCAUAUAAUGCAUUUUGUAUUUUAUUUUUUCACCAAUACAUUAAUUUU